CUUCACCAUUCUUCAGAACUUUCUACAGAAAUCUUCUCCUCCCCAUUCCACUCCCCGUCACAGCUAUAUAUAUUCCUUCUCUAUCUCCUAUGAAAACCAAAACCGAAGACAAAAUCAUUUGAAUCUGUGCUCUAAUAGUUUAGCAAUGGCUUAUUCGCUCGCUCUAAGAAGAGCUGUCGGCGGCGCCCCUCUCUUCAGCCGGUUCCUGUUCCCCGGCAGAGUCUGUUCGGUGGCUCCCUCUGUUAGGCGCUCCUACAAUACUAACACUCAGAUGACCACUUAUGAUGAGGAUGAUCGGAGAGUCGAUGUUGACCGCCGUUCUGACAGUUCGGUCGCUCGGCGUCGUGACGAUUUUCCAACUUUCUUCUCUGAUGCCUUCGAUCCCUUCUUUCCCGGUAGAAGUUUGAACCAAGUCCUGAAUAUGAUGGACCAGUUUAUGGACAUCCCUUUCAUGCCUGCUGGCCGUGGAAUGGGAAUUGGCGCCGGAGUAAGGAGGGGAUGGGACGUGAAAGAGGACGACGAUGCACUUUAUCUCCGAUUAGACAUGCCCGGACUUGACAAGGACCAAGUUAAAGUCUUGGUCGAGCAGAAUACCCUGGUGAUCAAAGGGGAAGGUGAGAAAGAAUCCGAGAAUGAUGAACGCGGAAGAAGAUACUCGAGCAGGCUCGAUUUGCCCCCAAAUUUGUAUAAACUUGAUGGGAUAAAGGCUGAGAUGAAGAAUGGCGUAUUGAAAGUUAUGGUGCCUAAAGUGAAGGAGGAAGAGAGGAAGGAUGUGUUUCUGGUUGAUAUCAAGUGAUGUUAGUUUAAAUGUAAAUCAAGAAGGGACUUUGAGCGUUAUGAGUAGCAUUAGGUGGUACAUGACUCGUUUUUUGGUAUUAAUGUGUAACAAAUAAUGGAAAAUAUCAUGGGUUUGUAGGUCUUAUGUUUCGUGAGUCCCUUGAAGCCGCCCCUGUUUGGCAGUCAUCAUUAAGAAAAAAAAUAAUGUUAUUUUUAGUA